GGGGCCUAGUAGCCAUUCAGCACCUGAUAUCCACCAAUGCUAUAGAGCCUGUGCCCUUGAGAGAGCACUACUGUAGUUGCUACUCCAUGUUCUUCAUGGUUCCAGAGAAGAAGAAGGGAGAUUUCAGGGCCAUGCUGGAUUUGGGGUGUAUGGGGUGUUAGGGAAAGGGUGGUAUCUUUGGUGGGGGACACAUCAUGCUCCUUCUGGGGUAGUUUGUCCACCUUUGCUCCCCAUCUCGCACUCAGCUCUCAUUUGUGGUUUUUAGAAGCUGCCAGCAUGCGCCAGCAGCCACAUCCUGAGAAUGACUUUGACUGCCUGUCUAAACCAGGUGAGGGUAGUUGAUGGAUCUCAAACACUCAGUGAGUUAGGGACUUCCCCUGCAUGCGAAGACAGACUGAGCGGACAAGACCAAUAGCAGGUCCAACCGUCAAGAAGAUGGUUUCUGGACGUUUUUGUAGAGGGAAGUGAGGGGCAAAUGGGGCUCGUCAACCUGGGAAGGUAGCCCAGAUAGGAGAAGGAAAACCCUGAACCCAAACUCCCUCUGCCUUGCAGGAUAUUUUUGGGGAAGAAAAGACAAAUCUGCAGUGGAGUUGCUAAGGCGGUUGGAUGAUGCCUUGCCACCUCCUUUCAGCAACUCCUACAGCCAUGCUGGUGCCAUACGUAUUGCUCUGCUUUCCUUUGGACCACAUCAGUGAGACUGAUCACUGAUCACUUGUCAUCUAGGGAGCCCAGGACCUUCAUACACACUGCCAGGCUUACGCCCUGCAGAGGUCACUUCAGUGCUGCUAAUGCAGUGGUUUAACUUCACCCCUGGAAGUGCACUCCAUUGUCUUUCAACAACUGGAUUUGAAGGAGAUGAACAGACACCUCCGGAAACACAGGGUUGUUCCACAGAAUAGUAGCCAUUGAUAGCCUUAGCAUUCAUGAAUUUGUCCCAUUUUCUUUUAAAACCAUCCAAGUUAGUGGCUAUCACUUACCUCCUGUGGGAGCUAGGUUCCAUAGUUUAACUAUGAAUAAGUCAUUUAUUGUAACUUUCUGGAAUCUUCCAACGUUCAGCUUCAUUGGAUGGCAACAAGUUCUAGAGUUAGAAGAGAUGGAGAAAAACUUUUCUCUAUCUACUUUUAGUAAGAAGGGAAUGAACACCUUGACGGGGGGGGGGAGCUUCCCCACCUCUGCUAUGUAAUGAUUUCUGGUAGAAUGCCAAAUUGCACGGUCAAUUCAUUUUCUCCAUAAUGUUAUUUCUUGAACAGAAAACAGUUUUAGUCAUUUGAAUGCAGUUAUGAAAACCUAUGUAAGUCAAGGAGCAGACUGAGCUUACAAUUGGGAGGGGGGGCUGAAUCAACAGCUACAGAACAGAGAGCUUUUAAGCUUUUUUUUAAAAAAAAACACCCUAGAAAAAUCAAAUCAAUAUUACAGGCCAGCUCUUCUAUUAAUUUAAGAGGAAAUGGAAAAUAGAUAUUAGAAGAAUAGAUGGUGGUUUUUUAUUCUAUUUUAUGAGAUACAGAAAAAUCAUAAGGAACUGACAUUUAUAAUUCCCUUAAUGCUUUGCCUCCCGUGAGUUAUGGGUCGAUCCCCUACUCCAGACCUCACUUGCGUGCUCACUCUUUUUAUUAAAGUAGUGCAUAAGGUUGUGUCAGCAGUUCCAUUAUAAACCUCUAUUAGCAGGGGUUUAUAACCGCCUCGUAAAAUUUUUCUCAAGGCUGAAAGUUGGCGCAUCAUGUCUUAAUCUAGAAAUAAAAGAUGUUUCUACCCCACCCACUGUUUAUGAUAUUUUAAAAUAAAUAAAUAAAUAAGUGCAAACCAUUUGCGUGCUGAUAAAUGAAAAUGUUAACGCAAUUUAAUAAGACACCAAAAUUGAUCUGAAAGCAACAUGAUUUGUCAAUUGUUCAUUAAGAGCACAUUGCACUUGAAGCACUGCUGGCAGAAGUAUGAGAUGGGGGUAUCUUUGCUGGACUGCACCCCUACAGAUUGCAGGUGGAAGGAGUUGCAUUUUUAAUGCACAGUGGUACCUCGGGUUAAGUACUUAAUUCAUUCCGGAGGUCCAUACUUAACCUGAAACUGUUCUUAACCUGAAGCACCACUUUAGCUAAUGGGGCCUCCUGCUGCUGCCGCGCUGCCGGAGCACGAUUUCUGUUCUCGCCCUGCAGCAAAGUUCUUAACCUGAAGUACUAUUUCUGGGUUAGCGGAGUCUGUAACCUGAAGCGUAUGUAACCCGAGGUACCACUGUAUUGUUUACAGCACCAGAUCAAGACAUUUUGCUGUCUGGAGCCUGAAUGGCAUCUCAGUCCUCCUGCAAUUAUCAACGGGAAGGCCUGUUGGUCUGUGGUAGAGCGCCUGAUUGCCAUGCAGAAGGUCCCAGGUUCAAUCCCCAAUGGCAGCUCCAGGUAGGGCUUGGAAAGACUCUCUUUCUGAAACCUUGCAGAGCUGCUGCCAGUAAGUAUAGAAAAUACUGAUCAAAAUGGAGCAACGAGCAUCUUCUAAACAAAUAGUCCAACCUCCUGCAAUUCAGGAAUCACAGCAGAGGUGAUGACUGCUGUAGGCAAUAUCUGAGAAGAGGCAUUCCCACUGCCUUUCCCCCCCACACAUUGCUAGCCAUGACAGUCACCAUCAACAGUUAUUUUCUUUUAAAAAAAAUGAUAUCUAGAUUUUUAUUGCAGUUCCCUUGCAUGAAAGGGUUGGCCCUGUCAAAGGUGCCUUCCCUUCCCUGGACUUAUUGAAUCACCUUCUGCGUUGAUAUCCUAAGCUAGAUAUGGAAAAUCUCCGUAUUUUAAGGAGGUAUUCUUUACUCUAGAUACUGCAUUGAGAAGGUGUAUCAACCUGAGCACCAUCAUGGAGGGUCUGAUUUCAUGAGUAGCCCACACAAUGCCCUCUAGACAUUGCUGGUCUCCAUCUCCCAUCAUCCCCCAAACUGAGUCAAAAGUAUGAUGCAGCAGGAAAAAAAAUUUAGGCUGCAUCAACAGAAGUUCAGUGUUUACAUCAAGGGAAUUAAUAGUACCGCUCUAUUCUGCCUUAGUCAGGCCCCACCUGGAGUAAUGGGCACCACAGUUUAAGAAGGAUAUGACAAGUUCUAAAGUGCUGAGAGAAGGGUGGACAAGAUGAUAAAGGGUCUGGAAACCAAACCUUAUGAAGAAUUGGUGAGAGAGUUGGGGAUUUGCUGUAUCCAAGUCAAGGAUGCUGAGGGGGCUGCACUGAAGGCUUGAUAUGAGGAAGAAUCUGCUUUAGAUUACCCAGGGGGCUUGUUGUAAGUUGCUUUGGGUUGCCCUGGGCAGAAUAAAGCGACCAACCAUCUAUUAACUGAUUAAUUAAUUUAAAAUGUUUAGUCAGGAGAAGAGAGAUGAUAGCCAUCUUCAAAUAAAUGAUGGGCUGUCUCGUGGAAGAUGGAGCUAGUUUGUUUUCUGUGUCGUCAGAUGGUAGGACUUAAACCAGUGGAUUCAAAUUACAGUCAUACCUCUUGUUACGUUCGGCUCAGGUUACGUCUUUCCAGGUUGCGUCCCGCAGUGACCUGGAAGUACCGGAAAGGGUUACUUCCUUGUUUCGCCGCUUGCGUAUACGCAGAUGCUCAGAAUGACGUCACACGCAUGCACAGAAGCGGUGAAUCGCAACCUGCACACGCGCAGACGCGGAGACGCAGGUUGUGUUCUGCUCAUGUUACGAAUGGGGCUCCGGAACGGAUCCCAUUCACAACCAGAGGUACCACUGUACAAGAAAGGAGAUUCCAACUAAACCAUCUUGGCUUUGAGUCCUGAAAGACGGUCUCCAUAUCUUGUAGGCCUUUUCCCACCUGGCCAGGUGAGGCCCUGACUGGCUCCAGCUACAUAAGCUGAAGCUGCUGCACAGACUCUUGGGCUGGGGUACUGUUGGGGGGGUGUUGUUUGGUGGUGGUGAUGGGGUUGUUGCUGUUAUUGAUAUAAGCUUUUUAUAUAUCUUUAUUUUAGAUCUUAUGAUUUAUGUGGAAAUCAUUUCAGUUUGGUUGCAUAUAUUUUUAUGGAUUAUUUAUUGUUUAUUACUACUUUUGCUAUGUUUGUAAUUAUGUAAUUUUUUCAUGUUGUAAGCUGCUUGAGCAUGCUUUUACUAUGGAAAGGGGGCAUACAACUAAAAUGAUGUAUGAUGUAUGUAUGUAAGCAUUAGGAAGAACUUUCUGACAAUAAGAAUUGACAGGGUAAUGGACUACCUUGAAAGCUGGUAGAUUCUACUUUACCGGAGGUUUUUAAAUAGAGGCUGGAUGGCCACCUGCGAGGGAUUCUUUAUCUGUGAUUCUUUCAUUGCGGGGGUUGGACUAGAUGUCCUUUGGGGUUUCGUCCUCCUCUACAAUUCUAUGAUUCCAUCCCUGACUAUUAACCAUGCUGGCUUGGAUUUCUAUCUAAAGAAAAAAGGUCUUAGAUUAAAUACAUCAUGCUGACAUGUGGAGAGGUGGGGGUGAGAUAUAAAAUGCAAAUAACAAGCUGUAGAAGGCCAUGCCAUUGCAUUUUGGUAAACCAGCAAGAUGGAAUGCCAUUCCAUAAUUGGAAUAAAAGUAAAGAUGAUUAUCUAGGUUUUAGUCCUUUGAUCUUCAAGCAAAGAGCUCUCUGGGGAGCUGGUAAUCUUUGUUUCUGCUUUCUAAAUGGCAGGCAACAGUUAUACAAGCUGUAUAAAAAUCUGACCAACAUUUGCAUCCUGAUGCAGUAGCUCCAAUAUGUGAAUGGGGAGUCUGAUGUACAAAUCACUGAGCACCAUGCAAGCAAGAGUUGCAUCCUUCUCUUAAUUGUUAAGGAGCAGGUAAAGGUAAAGGUAAAGGGGCCACUAAUAAUUAAGUCCAGUUGCAAACGACUCUGGGGUUGCGGCACUCAUCUCGCUUUACAGGCCAAGGGAGCCGGCAUUUGUCUGCUUCCACAGACAGUUUUGUUGGGUCAUGUGGCCAGCACGACUAAGCUGCUUCUGGAGAACCAGAGCAGCGCACGGAAAUGCUGUUUACCUUCCCACCAGGGUGAUGCCUAUUUAUCUACUUGCACUGUGCUUUUGAACUGCUAGGUUGGCAGGAGCUGGGACCUAACAAUGGGUGCUCACCCUGUUGCAGGGAUUCAAACCGCCAACCUUCCGAUCAGCAAGCCCAAACAGCACAGUGGUUUAACCUGCAGCGCCACCCGUGUCCCUUCUUAAGGAGCACCUAGCCUUAAAUUGAAAUUAUACACAGACAGCAUUCCUUCAGUACUGCCCUUUAGGUUGGUCCCUCCUGGUGAUGAGACAGCACUAGAUGUAUUGGCCAAAAUUGCAGAUGGCAAAGGCUGAGGCAGGAAUGAUGCCCAAUGGGAGCGGCAGGAAGAUCUGCCUCGUUGGAUGGGCAAAUUUGUCAAAUUCAGUUUCUCUCAGUUAUCAGCUGAACUCCCUAUUAGUUUGCAGAGUUUCCAUAUUAGUUUGCAGUGUUUUUUAAUUUAUAUGUCCAUGGCAAAAUCCAUCAGCGUUUUAGUGCAAUUUUCUCCUAAUCUAUGUAUUUUUUUUUUGGUAUGCACUUUUGCCCAAUAUGCACAUUUUUGGCAGAGUAAUUUCUCCUAAUAUAAUGCAUUUUGGUAUGUUAUUUUCAGGAACAUAUGCAUUUUGAUGCACAAUUCACCCUACUGGAUGCAUGCUGUACAAGUUGCUUGGCUGGCGAACUGCAUUGCAAAAUUCGGACAAGUGCAGAUUUCGAAGGAUGUGUGUGCUUCAGUUUAUGUGUUGUUUUGGAAAGUGCAGCUUUGCUUUUAAAUGCAAACUGAACGUAAUUUCUCCCCUCUUCCUGCCCACAAAAAGUCUCAGGAGCGCACAUUGGCAACUUGUGCUUUGCCAAAAGAAGUAGCCUUGCCCUCUUCUAUGAUCCAAAGCCUUUUCAUUUUUCGAAAACACUGUGGAAGUAGAAAUGCACAAUGCCAGUACUGCCAACCAGUCUGUCAGCUAGAGGUUCCCAAUCCUACUGCAGUCAACACCUGAGAAAUAUGUCAUCUGGCACUAUGGCCUCUUGAAUUGAAUCAGUACAAUAUUGAACCAAACAAUUUCAUGACGAAUCUUUUGAUUCCAUCACACAAUAAAUGGUGUCCCACUUCUGUUGAAAAGUCACUUUGGUCUUAAUUUCCUGCUUCCGUAAUUGUUUACAGCUGGUAACUUUAAUUGGUACCAUAAUAUCCCAGGUCUACCUUAAGCGCUGAUCAAUUGUCAGAGCUUUAAUCAUUAUAAUUACCAGCUAUAAACAAUUAGUUCAAUGCUUCUCCACAUUUUUGUAAUUAUCCUUGCACAGCUAUCAGGAAAUGAGAUACUAAAACAAUCCUGUCACUUCAAAACGGGUAUUUCACAUGACCCAACAUCCUUUCUACAUUGUACAUUUGGAAACUGCCUCCUCUUAUCUCUCUAACAGUAUAGGAGAGUUCUUUAAUUACAAAG